AUAUUACUAAUAUCGAGGACAAUUUUAAGGCCUUGAAAGAUAUGCUGGUCUUUGGUGAUCUAGAAGAUACCAUACCCGCCUUACUAGAAAGUUUAGAAAAUUAUGAAGAAAAUUAUCCUUAA